AACACACAUGCUCAUGUGCGCGUUCUUCCUCGCAGCUCGCCCCUCCUCUCGCUCUCCUGCGAUCAGGCCGUGGUGUGUAAGUGUGUGUGUGUGACUUUGUCAGGAUGUGCUGCUCGCUGGUUCUGGCCCGGUCUCUGGGUCUGGUUCUGCUACCGCUCGCUCUGGUCUGCAUGCUGGCCAACCUCCUGCUGCUCUUCCCCAUGGGCGAGGUGUCGUACGUCCAGCAGGACCGAGUGUCCAGCUACAUCUGGUACUGGGGGGGUCUUGGAGGAGGGGGGCUGCUGAUGCUGGUUCCUGCCACAGUCUUCGUCUCUCUAGGCAGAUGUGGUUGCUGCUGGACUGACACACUGAUGAUGUGUGGCUCUGCCCUUGCAGCUCUGCUGGGUUUGCUUGGUUCUGGUUACUGCUUCAUCAUCUCAGGGCUGAUCCUGCUACAGGGACCACAGUGUUUCACCUCCCUGGGCUGGACCUACCCUUUCGCAGACCAGCGGGGGCGGUACCUCUUCCGGCCAGACUCCUGGUCUCAGUGCCUGCAGCCUCUACACGUCGUGGAGUGGAACACAAUGCUGGCAUGUGUCUUGGUGUGUGUGGCGUUGCUGGAGUUCAUUGUGUGUAUGGUGCAACUGGUCAGCGGCCUGGUCAACGCCGUCUGUCGGCCAUGUUGUUUCAAGCAGGAGUACAGUCUCAACACUUAGCGAUACACACACACAUACAUACAAUUUUCAAUAAAAAUACAUUUCCCUUGUUUACGGAGUCAGAG